CUGAGUCUCCAGAGGAUGUUCAAUAACUGUGAGGUGGUACUUGGAAAUUUAGAAAUUACCUACGUCCAAAAAAAUUAUGACCUUUCCUUCCUCAAGACCAUCCAGGAGGUUGCUGGCUAUGUGCUUAUUGCACUCAAUGCCGUAGAGAAAAUCCCUUUGGAAAAUCUGCAAGUCAUCAGAGGAAAUGUGUUGUAUGAAAACUUUUAUGCUCUUUCUGUGCUCUCCAACUAUGAUGCGAAUAAAACCGGAGUGAGGGAACUGCCCAUGAAGAAUCUACUAGAAAUCCUUAUCGGUGGUGUUCGGUUCAACAAUAACCCAUCUUUGUGUAAUAUGGAGACGAUCCAGUGGAAGGAUAUUGUGAACUCUGCUUACUUCAACAACAUAACCAUAGACAAUAACAGCCAUCCAAAGAGUUGUGAAAAGUGUGAUUCUAGUUGUCCCAAUGGGAGCUGUUGGGGUCCUGGGCCACAGUAUUGCCAGACUUUGACAAAAACCAUCUGUGCCCAGCAAUGCUCAGGACGGUGUCGAGGUAGUUCCCCCAGUGACUGUUGUCACAACCAGUGUGCAGCGGGUUGUACUGGACCCCGAGAGAGUGACUGCUUGGUCUGCCGAAAGUUUCGAGAUGAAGCCACGUGCAAAGACAAUUGCCCCUCUCUCCUGCAAUACAACCCAACCACAUACCAGAUGGACGUCAACCCAGAUGGCAAAUACAGCUUUGGAGCUACCUGUGUUCGCAAAUGCCCACAUAACUAUGUGGUGACAGAUCACGGUUCCUGUGUUCGUUCCUGUAAUGCUGAUACCUAUGAAGUGGAAGAAGAUGGCGUCCGAAAAUGUAAAAAAUGUGAAGGUCCAUGUAGUAAAGUUUGCAAUGGAAUAGGAAUCGGUGAACUGAAAGAUGUUCUCUCCAUCAAUGCAACAAACAUCAAACAAUUCCAGAACUGUACCAUAAUCAGCGGUGAUCUGCAUAUCUUGCCCGUUGCAUUUAAAGGGGAUUCCUUCACCAAUACUCCACCUCUGGAUCCCAAAGAACUGAAUAUUCUCAGAACCGUAAAGGAAAUAUCAGGAUUUUUGCUGAUUCAGUCUUGGCCUGAAAACAUGACUGACCUCCAUGCUUUUGAACAUCUGGAAAUUAUACGAGGCAGAACAAAGCAGCAUGGCCAGUUUUCUCUUGCUGUUGUUGAUGUGAACAUAACUUCCUUGGGCUUACGCUCCCUUAAGGAAAUCAGUGAUGGUGAUGUCAUCAUUUCCAAAAACAGAAGACUCUGCUAUGCAAACACAAUAAACUGGACCAAGUUGUUUGGAACAAAAAGUCAGAAAGCCAAAAUCACCAACAACAAAGAUGAAAAAGAGUGCCGUGUUCUGGGUCAUGUCUGUCAUGAGUUAUGCUCAUCUGAUGGCUGCUGGGGUCCAAAGCCAAGCCACUGCUUGUCCUGUCGCCAUGUGAGUCGUCACAAGAAAUGUGUUGAGAAAUGCAACAUUCUGGAAGGAUUGUCUUGUUGUUUUCUUUCUAACUAUCCCAAGGUGCCUAUUAAAUGGAUGGCUUUGGAAUCGAUUUUACACCGUAUUUAUACCCACCAAAGCGAUGUCUGGAGCUAUGGUGUCACCGUGUGGGAACUGAUGACAUUUGGGUCUAAGCCUUACGAUGGGAUCCCUGCAAGUGAAAUUUCAUCUAUACUAGAGAAAGGGGAGCGCCUUCCUCAGCCACCCAUCUGCACCAUUGAUGUCUACAUGAUCAUGGUCAAAUGCUGGAUGAUAGAUGCUGAUAGUCGCCCCAAGUUUCGUGAGUUAAUCAUAGAAUUCUCUAAAAUGGCCCGUGAUCCCCAACGCUACCUUGUUAUACAGGGAGAUGAGAGAAUGCACUUACCAAGCCCCACAGACUCCAAAUUUUAUCGCACCCUAAUGGAAGAGGAGGACAUGGAAGAUAUCGUCGAUGCCGAUGAGUACCUUAUCCCACAGCAAGGAUUCUUCAAUAGUCCUUCCACAUCUCGGACUCCUCUCCUAAGCUCUCUGAGUGCUACCAGCAAUAAUUCUGCCACAGUAUGCAUUGAUAGAAACGGGCAGACUUGUCCCGUGAAGGAAGAAAGCUUCAUCCAGAGAUACAGCUCUGAUCCCACGACUGUCUUAACUGAAGACAAUGCGGAUGACAGCUUCCAGCCUGUACCAGAAUAUAUAAACCAGUCGGCUCCAAAAAACCCCACAGGCUCUGCCAUCCAGAACCCCGUUUAUCACAACCAGCCUUUAAAUCCAGAUGCCUCUAAAGACUCUCUGUACCAAAAUUCACACAACAACAGCGCAGUGGACAACCCUGAGUAUCUCAACACGACUCAGCCCAACUCGGUCAAAAAGGCAUUCGACAGCAAUUCAUGCUGGAACCCCACAGCCAAGCACCCCAUCAAUCUGGACAACCCGGACUACCAGCAGGACUUCUUCCCCCAGGAAGCCAAGCCAAAUGGGGUGUUUAAAGUCCCGGCUGCGGAAAAUCCUGAGUACCUCAGGGUAGCAGCCCAACAAAGCGAAUUCAUUCAAGCUUCGGCAUGACCCUUCGCCAAAAGCCUUUCCACUCUCUCACCUUCAUGCUGCCCCAGGACUGACCUAUGAACAGCCACGGCAGCAAGCAUGCGGCGUAGCCACUCACUCACACCUUUCCUUUCAAGCCCACGGGCCGAACAAUGCCACAGUUGGCUUUAAUUUCCUUUGGUACGUUCUGGGGCCUAUCUUCCACUGGAAUUGUCCCCUUACCUGGCACAUCAUAGAGUCAAUCCCAGGCAGAAUUUUUGCAAGAGAAAAAUUACUGGUGCAUUCCUUCAUCUUUAAUCUGUGAGGCUUCUCAAAUCAACAGCGAGAUGUUUUUCCGUUUGUACAGAAGUUGUUCUUUUUUUCUAUGCCAUACAUUUGAAAAAAUAAUAAUAAUGUUUGUAAGCUCUUCUUUU